AUGCUGGUGGCACUGCUUCUCCCCUUCCUGUGCCUCCUGAGCCCGGCUGCUGCUGGGAAGCUGCUGGUGAUCCCUAUGGAGGGCAGCCACUGGCUCAGCAUGAAAAAAGUGCUGGUCGAGCUGAGCAAGAGAGGGCACGAAACUGUGGUCAUUGCACCGGACAACACACUCCUGAUUGAUUCCUCGGGUGUCUAUGAACUGAAAACCUACCCUGUGCCAUUCACAAAGGAGGAUAUGGAAGAACACAUACGGUCUACUACUGCAAGAACUUUCAGCCAAGAGCCUUUCCUGGUGAGAUUCUGGAAGCUUUUGGGAGAUUACAAGAAGAGUGGGACCGUUUUUCACGCUUCCUGCAAGUCCUUGGUGUACAACCAAGAGCUGAUGAAGUACAUCCGAGACAGUCACUUUGAUGCCCUGCUCACAGAUCCCGUGUCACCUUGUGGGCAGAUCAUUGCCCUGCACUUCUCCAUCCCCAGCGUUUUCUUCCUGCGGCUGGUUCCGUGUGCCUUCGAGGUUCGCGCCGCUCAGGGCCCGGACCCACCAUCCUACGUGCCACGCAUGUUCUCGGAAUACACCGACCACAUGACCUUCUCCGAGAGGGUGAAGAACUUCCUGAUUGCCCUUUCCGAGUCCUUCAUCUGCAGCAUUGCCUACUCUCCGUUUGAAGAGCUGGCCUCAGAGAUCCUCCAAAAGCCAAUGACAAUGACAGAGCUUUUAAGUCAUGGAUCCAUCUGGCUGAGGAGAAUCGACUUCGUCUUUGAGUAUCCCAUGCCUGUCAUGCCCAACAUGGUUUUCAUUGGAGGCAUCCACUGUGAAGAGAAGAAGAAGCCGUUAUCUCAGGUCAGUGGCUGGCUGGGAGAGGUUGUGGCAGUCACACCUCUGCCUAAUCCAAGUGAGGUGUUUGAUAGGGAUGUAUCUUCUCUCUCCUGGAGGGAUACUAUUUACAAGAGCCUGAAGUGA